AUGUACGAUGGUAUUAAGAAAGCAAUUGGACCAACUGUCAGAAAAACAGCUCCUCUGAAGUCCAAGACGGGUGAAGUCAUUACUAAUGAAGGCAAACAAAUGGAAUGCUGGGUUGAACACUACCUCGAGUUGUAUGCAGCCGAGAAUGAAGUUAGCAAGGAUGCAUGUGACGCCAUCAAACAAUUGCCAGUUAUGGAAGAACUAGAUGCAAUGCCUACUAUGGAAGAACUUAGUAGAGAAAUAGAUUCUCUUGCUAACGGAAAGGCCCCAGGUGAAGAUGGGAUCCCUGCAGAGGUUAUUAAGUAUAACAAGUCUGUUCUUCUCAAACAUUUAUAUUCACUUAUCACAACCAGCUGGGAAGAAGGUUAUGUCCCGAUGACUUACAUCUCCGCUGUCUCCGGAAGAUACUUCAGAUCUCAUGGAGAGAUAGAGUGCCCAACACCAAAGUCUUUCUCCGUGCAAGCACAACCAGCAUCUUUGCACUCCUGA